UCGACUGGUUUGCUGCCCCCACUUUCAGAGAUCGUCCUGCCCACAGCAUCGUCUUCCCCCUCUGUGCCGUCACAGUCGUCCGCUCCCCAGGAGCCAUCUCAGACAACGGGUGGUUUUCUUUCCCCUGAGCAGGUCGCCUCUACUGGGUCGCUGCCUCCAGCUUCCGAGAUUGUCCUGCCAACCUCAUCUGUUCAAGCCCCUGCCGCUACUGGAUCUCUGCCCCCGGCUUCUGAGAUUGUCCUGCCAACCUCAUCUGUUCAAGCCCCUGCCGCUACUGGAUCUCUGCCCCCGGCUUCUGAGAUUGUCCUGCCAACCUCGUCUGCUGGACUCAUUGACGCUGCUUCCACCGGGCUUCUGCCAUCAUCUUCUGAUAUCGUACGGCCCACCUCCUCUGCUGGCCUGAUUGGUUCUCUCCUUGGAAUAGUCAUUGGCAUUACCACUGCACUCGGCACAGAGUCUUCGUCUGUAUCUGCUACCAUUACAAGCCAGGCUUCGCCGUCGGGCGCUAUCCCUACCUCGGAGGGUGUAUCCGUCAGCUCUGGGCUUGAUCUGACAUCGCUCCUGUCCUCCGCAAUUUCUGAGGCUCUGCCAACUGGCGUCAUUCCUAGCUCUGGGUCACUCAACCCUACUGCCCCUGUAUCGGCUACCAUCACGGAAUCGUCGUCUGCUUCGGGAAUCCUCCCGUCGGUCGCUCCAUCAGUGAUCUCAGAGCUUUCCAGCCUUCUGUCGUCGGCGGUUUCUGAUUUGCCAACUGGUUCUGCCCUGCCCAGCGUUGUAUCAAGCCUGGUAUCCAGCGCCGAAUCCGCGCUCACCUCAGCGUCCAUCCUGCCCACCGCGUCGGUUCCUCUGCCCAUCCCGACUUCCGAUCUCAGCAGCAUCGUGUCUAGCAUUGCGUCUGAUUUCUCGUCUAGCCUCCUAUCGUCUGGAAUCCUGCCCUCUGCGACCGUUGCUUCACUGUCCGAAUCAUCCGGCAUCUUGCCAUCGUCCACUAUCUCCGGAACAGGGUUUUCCUCUGGCAUUAUCCCGUCGUCAACUGUGGUUGGGACUGGCGUUUCCUCAAGCGCUACAAUUUCGCCGAGCGAGACUCUCAGCAUCUCAUUGUCUAUCUCAGCGUCUGAGACUCUCUCAUCCUCUGGCUCGGCAUCGACCAGUGCGACCAUCACUUUGUCCGCUACCGAAACGGCCUCAGUCACGCCAUCAGGCUCGGCUUCUGUAUCUCCGUCCGCCUCAGGAUCUGUGUCUCCAUCCGCCUCAGGAUCUGUGUCUCCAUCCGCCUCAGACUCUGUGUCUUCAUCUGCCACCGUGUCUGUAUCCCCAUCUGCAUCUGGGUCUGUAUCAACUGGGCUAGAGUCUCCAUCGGCAGCGCCGUCUCCUACCCUGUCGCCAUCGGAGUCCCUCUCAUCAUCGCCGUCUGCGCCUGCAUCUGUCAGUAUCUCUCCAUCUGCUGUAAGCACCACGUCAGCAGUCGAUUCUGCCACGAUCCCAAUUCCCGUUAUCCCGACGGUCACAAGCUCGCAGACACCGGUGCGAACCGUUUUGCCCACUGCUACCAACACAGAUACUUCUCUCUUCAUUCCCACCAGCAUUGUCCAAGAGCCUUCUACCAUUGCGUCUCCUACUGCUACAAGCAGCGGUAUUCCCUCUAGCCUACCGAAAAUGAUUGCUCCCCCUGGUGGCGUUCCCCCCGAAGUCUCGCAAGACAGUUUCAUGGGUCAGGUUUGCUUCAAAUGGCCGUUGAAUUACCCAUUCGUGUCUUCCAACAAUGGCGGCAGUCAGAUCUUCCACUACUUGCCUCAGGCGAUUGCUGAUGGUCUCAACAUCUCCGUCUCUGACGUCAAGAACUACGGAUUGAAGCCGCUUGACACGACAAAAUACCAAGGCUUCAUUACUACUAUGGCAAUGUUCACCAUUCCCAAGGACUUGCAGACCAAGCUUGCAGCUCAGCUCCGCAACCCCGCUGAUCCAUUCUGGCACAACAAGGACUCCACUGUCAAUGAUCUCACCAACUUGAUCAACACUGCUUGUCCUCUUGCAGCUGGCGGCACUCUUCCUGGUGCAGGCUCGAACGUUGGCGGCGGAGACCCUGCCGCAACAUCGACUGGAGGCGCUGGCGAUGGUGGUGCUAUUGGAGGCGAUGCCGGUGCCAGCCGCAAGAUCAAUCCCACUAGCGCAGGAAUCGCAACAGGAGCUAUCGUUGGAGCCAUGGCCUACGGUGCGGCUAUGUUCUUCGUCGCCCGUCGGUACCGCAACAAGCGCAUCGCUCACCAGCGCUCCAGCUCAGUUCCAAGCACAAGCCGCAUGACGUACGGCUCUAUUCCCGGCGGUGCAGCUGCCUGGAUGCGUGGUGCUCGCGAUGGCCGCAUGACGCCUGGUAGUCGCGGUAGUCGUGGAAGUGACAGCAGUCAAGGACGCAGCAUACGCACUCAGCAGAUCUCAGCUCCCGUCAUGGCAGAGAACUCGCUCGGCUGGAACUGA